GGAAGGAGGCAUAUUCAGAUGGAACCUAAUAAGAAAGGCAGAGAGAGAGAGAAAGCAAAGACCGUUAGUUAAUAAGAACGCAGAACAAGAAACCAAAAACCAAAACCAAAAACAUGUCAGCUCCCCAAACAAAUCCAAUGCCUUAAUAACAAGAACAACAACAAGAAUCUUUCUUCAAACUCCCACUUGAACUCGCCAUCUUAACAAACGCUUUCUUUUUCAGAAUUUCAGAUCCUUCUAUAUAUACAUACAUACAUACAUACAUGUAUUGCUGAAACCCUCCAAAAAAAAAAAACCAAAACAACCAGUCCUACCUUUCCUCCUUCUUUCACUUCCACCAACUUUCUUUUCUCUCCAAAAUUUUUAAAAUUUUUUAAUUUUGUUUUCUUCACUACCUACAAAUACAAAAGACCCACAAAAUUAUAAAGAGUAUAUUUUCUUUGUAUAUCUGAUUAGUAUUUUGUAGAGAGCUAAAGACACAGAGAGAGAGAUGGAUGCUACAUCGUCUUCCUCGUCCUUCUCAUCCUCAAUCUUUACGAAUUAUCCACUCAUUUCUGCUUUCACAGCUUUCGCUAUGGCCCAAUUUAUCAAGGUCUUCACCUCCUGGUAUAAGGAAAGACGAUGGGAUCUCAAGCAAAUUGUUGGGUCUGGUGGAAUGCCAUCAUCUCAUUCUGCGAUUGUUACUGCUCUCGCUGCAGCCGUCGGGUUCCAAGAAGGCUUUGGAGGAUCUGUGUUUGCAACUGCAUUGGUCUUAGCAUGUGUUGUGAUGUAUGAUGCCACUGGUGUGAGAUUACAUGCUGGACGCCAAGCAGAGGUUUUGAAUCAAAUUGUAUAUGAACUUCCCGCCGAGCAUCCUCUGGCUGAGAGCAGACCAUUGCGUGAACUUCUUGGUCAUACCCCUCCUCAGGUUAUUGCUGGCUGCUUGCUUGGUAUUGUCACGGGAGUUAUUGGCCAUUUGAUCAACCUGUUUACCAGAUAAGCUUGCAGCUCUAGUAGAUCAUGGAUAUCAUCAAGCAGCAUCUCUGAUUAAGCAGUUGGACAGAAUUGCAAUUCAGCAGGUCCGUUGCUGAGAGUGGCUAUUUUACAUUUGAAUACAAAACUUUAUAAUCAUGUUAGCAUGUUCUUGUAUUGAACUACUCUCUUUUCGUAUAAACCCUAGCAUUCAGAAGGUGUAAUCUGAUUGAUUGAAUAGUGUUUGAUGUAACAAAACCAUUUUAACCUUCCAAAAGAAAGGAAAAAUCUUGCUUGUACAAUGCCAAUUUGAUGACAAUACAAUUGUUGCUUUGAUAUUACUAA